CUCUCAAAGCCGGAAGUGCCUCAUCACUAGCUAGCCCAUAGUUCCAGAGUUAAAGCAAGAUAAAGAUACAUAACGCCUAACAUAAUGCUUAACGACAGUGAACUUGCAACGUUGCGGAAUAGAUUUAAGAGAGAUGCGGAGUUUCUUAUGCAAACAACGACAAAUGGUGACGAAGAUGAAAAAAGUCAGGAGGAAAAGGAUGCCAAACCUCUACCUCGCAUUAACAGACACUCAGUUUUCUGGAUUGUGGCAUCAAUAGGUGUGACCUACUACUUUGAUUUCUUCCACAACAUCAUGGAGAACGAUGAUAUCAAAAGUUGGUGGUUCAAUGUGGGUCUGAUACUUCUGGGGAUCUGCCUGUCUUUGGCCAUGUUCUGCAUUGUGUACCUGGAGUGGUUCAAAGGCAUCCAGCACUACGAACUAGAGUAUCCUGCCAUUCCUCCCAUCACCACCGCAGCAUUUAUUGCAGCAUCUUGCAGCUUAAACAUGGCCCUGUGGCCCGUGUGGUCCUUCUUCACUCCACUCAUCCUCUUCACACAGUUCAUGGGCGUGGUCAUGUUCAUCUCUAUGCUCGGAUGAAUAUGACUGGUGACAAUGAUACUUUUGUUUUAUUUUAAAGCUAUGUCAAACGUGUCUUUUUAUUGAAUUAAUAACUCUGUAUUUGGCCUCUAAAAUGUGAACAUAUUUGUGUUGUGACCUUUUGUAGCAUUAAAGUAUUAGAUAUUUAA